AUGAGGUGUUUCAUGUCCUUGGGCCUUUGCCUUCUCGGCAUCCAGAUCUCCAACGGUUUCUUAGGAGCUGAUUCCUGUGCCCGGGAAUGGCUGCAAAACCAGGGCAACUGCUAUGCAUAUUUCGAUGAUCAGAAAACUUGGCAAGAGGCUGAAAUUGAGUGCCAGAGUUAUGGCCCUGGGGCACAUCUCGCCUCCAUUCUCACUGUGCAAGAGACUCAUUUGGUGUCUGAAUACAUCUCCACUUACCAGACAGUCCUGAGCAAUGUCUGGAUUGGGCUGAGUGAUGUCAGUCAGACUCGGAGAUGGAGAUGGGCUGAUGAAUCAACCUACAACUAUAAGGCUUGGAUGCCACGCCAGCCAGACAACUAUAGGAAGGCUGAGUAUUGUGUGGAGCUGAGACGUUCUACAGGUUUUAAUCAGUGGAAUGAUGCUCCAUGCAAGAAAAGAAAUGCCUACAUCUGCAAGCACGAGCUCUAGAUUAACCCAA